UAUCCGGUAUCCCAUGAUAAUACAAUAGGAGCAGUAUCAUACUACAGCGACUUUCAGUGGUCUUCCCGCAGAGUGUGCGUUGGGAUCCAGGGCUUGCACGGCACAGUAUUACACAAUGCGUAUAGAUGUGCAGUGAAAGGUGAACAGGAUUGACCUGGACGUCACCAAGGAGAUAUGGUUGUACGAUUCUUGCUGUCGGUGUGCAAUGUCAUUUUCGUCGUGGGUGCAGUUUCUGUCAAUAAAUGCGAAGACAUGGGUUGCCCAACCACGAAGGGAGACCACAUCAACGUGCACAUCACACCUCAUAGCCAUAACGAUGCCGGUUGGAUACAAACGUUGAAGCAGAUAUACGAACACUCUGUUUCAUAUAUUUACACAAACUCGAUCGAUGCGCUGCUGCAGAACAGACAGCGCCGCUACGUAUCGGCUGAAAAUGUCUUCUUCUCUCGUUGGUGGACAGAACAAAGCCCGGAGCAGCGGCAGGCUGUACGAAAGCUAGUGACCUCUGGUCGCCUGCAGUUCGUGGGAGGCGGUUGGGUACAGAACGACGAGGCCUGUACGCACUACACUGCCAUCAUCGACCAAAUGACGUUAGGCCUAAGGUUCCUCAACGAAACAUUCGGGGAGUGCGGCCGUCCGACCGUUGCAUGGCAGGCGGAUCCCUUCGGGCAUUCGCGAAAUCAGGCUAACCUCUUCGCGCUGAUGGGUUUUGAUGGCUUAAUGUUAGGAAGGAUUUCCAUGGAGGAAGUGGAGAAGCGACACCUCGCGAAGGAAAUGCUAUUCGUUUGGAGGACUGAACCAGGAGACCGUCGUGACACAGACAUCUUUACUUGGAUACCUCCCGGUUCGUACAGUACGCCUUCGAGGCUUUGUUUCGAUGGCACCAGCUGCGGCAAGAGCGAAGAGCAGAGUCAACCGGGAGCCAAUGAAGUUGCAGGAUCCAUGGUUUCCUACACCUACGCUCUGGCAGACACAUAUCCUCCGAGCCAAGUUGCUUUGCUGUACGGGGGCGACUUGGCGUUCCGAAGUGCAUCGGAAGUUUUUGACCAUUUGGAUGCUGCUAUUGACGCUGCCAAUGGCAAGGGUCGACCGAGGUUGCUACAGCACCAUUACUCGACCCCUGCGUGUUACGUCAAGGCGCUGUAUGGCUUGAACAGGACGUGGACUGUUUUCGGAGGUGACUUCUUCCCCUAUACGGACCAUCCUGCGCGAACGUGGACUGGAUUCUACACGUCAAGACCAGCCUUGAAGUACAUGACCCGUUACGCGAAUGGAUUUCUGCAGGCGUGUAAGCAACUAGCAGUCACAGCGGGCGGAGAACAAACUUCACGACUAGAGGCGCUCAAAGAAGCAGUAGCUGUAUUGCAGCACCAUGACGGAAUCACGGGCACCGCGACGGAAGAAGUCGUUUGGGACUACAUUGAUAUGCUAUGGGCAGGAAUCUUGCGAUGCGAGUCUGCCAUCAGGGAUUCAAUCUCGUACCUGAUGAACUCCAACAAGCACUCCUUCAGUGUCCUGCCGUUCAAGUUCUGCCAUCUUCUCAACAUAAGUCAAUGUUCGUUCACUGAGAAAGAGAAGCAGUUCACCGUAGUGGUGUACAACCCGAUGAGCCGCCAAGAAAAUGUCGCCGUUCGGCUGCCGGUCACCGUGAAGAGUGCCACGGUCACGGAUUCCAAAGGGUCCGAAGUCGAAGUGCAGGUGGUCGGCGUACUCCAACACCGCACUCCCAUUCCAGAACGUGAAAGUAAGGCGAAGUGGGAACUAGUCACGGUAGUCCCUGUUCCUGCCUUAGGCUUUGCUACCUUUGUGGUGGACCUUGCUUCUAGUGUACCUCCAAAGGUACAAGCUGGUGCCCGGUCAGUUUCGUCUAUGGUGGAGGAGUACCUUACACUCGAGAAGCAAGAAAGCUUUAUAGAAAACGACAGGUACCGUUUGGAAGUGGACACGACGACUGGCCUUGUGACACGGCUUCAUCUCCUUGGCCGCAGACUGACCAUAGCCUUCAGGCAGACGUUCGGGGUUUACGAAGAUGACGAUGGUGUAGCUCCAGAGCCCGCGGGCCACUAUGUUUUUUCUGCAGUCAAACCACCGGUUGAGAGGUCAUCGCGAGUCACCUACAAAGUGAUAAAGGGCCCCGUGGUGCAAGAGAUCCAUCAGAUAUACAACGAGGCCAUCUCUCAAGUGAUAAGGCUCUACAAGGGCAUGGACACAAUAGAGUUUCAAUGGACGGUCGGUCCCAUAAAUCCACUGUUAGGGGAAUACGCCACUGGCCGUGACAUCGUAACAACGUAUGCAACUGACCUUCGGAACAAUGGCGUCUUUUACACCGACAGUAAUGGAAGGCAAAGCAUGAAGAGAACUCUAAAGGAAGGAUCCGAUUUCGCACUGCCUAUACCUUCGAAUUAUUACCCAGUAGUGUCGUGGAUUUACAUUCAGGACCAGUACAAAGGCCUGCAGCUUUCCGUUAUACCUGACAGAGCUCAAGGUGGGACUAGCUUCAAGGAUGGAAUGAUUGAGCUCAUGCUGCAUAGGCGGCAUCCAACGAGUGACAACCUCGGAAACUCCGAGCUUUUGGAAGAGACUGGUGUCGACGGAAAAGGCCUCAUUGCAAGAGGAAAGCACUACGUCCAUUUAGGAACACUCGAAGAGUCGUUUCCCGUGGUUCGACAGGCAUCCCUACGCAGAGUUUAUCUCCCUGUCACCAUGGUUACUGCCUUCCCUCUCCCGCAGCGUAUUCAAUACGCAAAGAAAUCCACCCUGGAGGCUAACCUGCCAGACACACUGCACCUGCUAACGUUGGAGCCCAUCUCGAAGAACAGAGUUCUGUUUCGUGUCGAGCACCUAGGCCUGGUAAACAGAUCGGUGCAGAUCUCACUACGGAAACUUUUAAAAGACCGCCAGUUUGAAGACAUCCAACCCACUCUCCUGGGAGCCAACGAGUACCUCCAGAACGUGCAGAGAUUACAUUGGAGCACCAAAACUUAUGACCGAAGCAACAACAAAGCGUCUGGUGUGAAGAAUCACAACUUGUCCGGUGAGACUGACAAGGUGACAUUGAGGCCAGGAGACAUUCAAACCUUUGUGGCAAAACUGAAGUAUAUGCACUAACUGGGAUUUGCUUUUUGUCUGGCCAAUUGCAAGCAUGAUAGUGUCUUUUUUUACUUUUUUAACAAAUAAAUGGGCCUUUGCAGCAUGGGUUGUCAGUGA